UUUUAUUUUAAUUUUUAAUUUACCAUCGCCUUAUUUUUUUUUUUUUUUUUAAGGCGCGGGCCCCACGGCUGCACUUUCUGAAUAACGAAGGGGGCAAAAUGACGUAAAUUCUGCGGCGCUUUUUUUGCAGGCGAGUCGGCGUCGAGUCGAGGCGCGCGCACCCGGGCGUGAUGCGAGCGUGACGUCGGUUCCGUCUGAGACCUUUAAUCCCUUUGCCGCAGCAGCCCAGGAGCGAGGAGGGGGGGGGUUGCCGGCGACGAGCAAGACCCCCCCACACACACCCCUCCCGAAAAAAAAAAAAAAAAAAAAAAAGAGCGCACUCGGUGUCUGAAAGCUCGCCAUAUCGACCCGAAGAAAAGCGGGAGCCGGUGCCGGUUCCGCUCAGCCCAGACCCCCCCCCCCCUUCUCCCAUCUCCCGUUCUCUACCAGACACGCCCCCCCCCCCCCCUCCCCCCUCCCCCCGGCACAUUGUCAUCAUUUAAAAAGCAAAACGAGGCGCAUCGCUGCUGCAAAACAUGCAGGAUGAGCCCGCGGGGGUGACACGCCGUCCGACGCCGCCGUCCGCCGAAGAGGAGCCCGCAGCGCCGGCCCCGACCGUGCCGGCGGACCACGAACGGCGAGGCUUCCGUUCGACUCGGGCCGCCCGUGACCUUCAGCUCGGACAGCGGCACUCGGCGGCCUCUUCGUCGCCCUUCGAGCCGGCAGAGGAGGACGCCGAUGCCGCGACACCGGCGCCGCUGCUUCCGACUUCCGUGAACCCGCUGCGUGGCUUCUCAAUGGACGCUCCCGUGGCCCGCCGCGUCAACUGCGGCAAUGACGGCGUGUUGUCCGGAGGUCUGGGCGCCGGCUUCCCGGAGAUGCCGAGCGUCGGCGGCGGCGGCGGCUCGCCCUCGCCCUCGCCCUCGCCCUCCCUCCCGGGCUUCGGCACGCCUUGGUCGGUGUCGGUGCAGACGUGCAGCUCGCCGUCCCCUCCCGGUGCUCCCGCUCCACCUGCGCCCUGCCACCCCGCCGCGGACUUCUACGCGGGGGCGCCGGCGUCCUCCUGCGUCAGCGCGGCCUUCUUGCAGGGCUUCGGCGGGCCUUUCUCGCCGCAGAUCCGCAGGUCGCCCACCGGGCCGCAGCUGCCCCACCUGCCGCCGCGGCAGAGGAGCAACUGCGGCCGACAUCAGCCCGCGACGAAGCCGCCGUCACCCUGGGGCGCCCACCGCGGCAACGGCUGGAGCUCGGGAGGCGGGCCCUGGGGCCGGGACCACCGCAGGGGGGCGGGCGCCUCCUCCCCCCUCAAGAAGGCCUUCCAGGGCGGGGUCAUCGGGCCGCCCAAGUUCCCCCGCUCGGCCGGCGCCUCGCCGGGGCCCAAGUCGUGGCCGGACGACAACGUUUUCCGCGCGGACGCCGCGGCGUCGCUGCAGGACCGCUCGAGGAUGUACGAGAGUCUCAACAUGCAUUCGCUGGAGACCUCUCUGAUUGACAUCAUGCGAGCCGAGCAGGAUACCCUGAAAGGCCGUAUUGGAUGCUUGAACCCGGCCGCAGACGGGCUCCUCACGCUCAACGCAAGGAGCUAUGGGAGACGUCGAGGGCGCUCGUCUCUGUUCCCCGUCGACGACAAUCUCCUGGACGGCGGACCGGGGAUUCCGGGGGCGCCGGGGGUCCCGGGGGUCCUGGGCCCGGCCGGCUGCUUCUCGCAUCAGAACGGCGAGCGCGUGGAACGCUUCUCGCGCAAGGUGUUUGUGGGCGGGCUGCCACCUGACAUCGAUGAAGAUGAAAUAACGUCCAGCUUCCGCCGCUUCGGCCACCUGGUGGUGGACUGGCCUCACAAAGCCGAGAGCAAGUCCUACUUUCCGCCCAAAGGAUACGCCUUCCUGCUUUUCCAGGACGAGACGUCGGUGCAGGCCCUGAUUGAAGCCUGCAUGGAGGAGGACGGAAAGUUGUACCUGCGCGUCUCCAGCCCCACCAUCAAGGACAAACCCGUGCAAAUCCGCCCGUGGAACCUGAGCGACAGCGACUUUGUGAUGGACGGAUCUCAGCCCCUGGACCCGCGCAAGACCAUAUUUGUGGGGGGCGUCCCUCGACCCCUGAGAGCGGUCGAGCUGGCCACGAUCAUGGACCGCCUCUACGGCGGCGUCUGCUACGCCGGGAUCGACACCGACCCGGAGCUCAAGUACCCCAAGGGGGCGGGACGGGUGGCCUUCUCCAAUCAGCAGAGCUACAUCGCCGCCAUCAGCGCCCGAUUUGUGCAACUGCAGCACGGCGACAUCGACAAGCGGGUGGAGGUGAAGCCGUACGUACUGGACGACCAGCUGUGCGACGAGUGCCAGGGCGCCCGCUGCGGCGGCAAGUUCGCGCCCUUCUUCUGCGCCAACGUCACCUGCCUGCAGUACUAUUGCGAGUUCUGCUGGGCCAACAUCCACUCGCGCGCCGGCCGCGAGUUCCACAAGCCGCUGGUCAAGGAGGGCGCCGACCGCCCGCGCCAGAUCCACUUCCGCUGGAACUAGGGACGCGUGGCGCCAAAACCGGGUUGUCCGAGCUCCGGCCCGGGUGGCAGUUGUGGCUCGCCGCCAUCGUAUACUUGAAUUGGAAACAAAAAUCCAAGCCGUGAAUACGUCACAAAAGCAAACGACUCUUUUUCAAAGCUCGUAGGGCCGUCGAUGCAGUUUCCAAAAAUUAAAUAAUAAUAAUUCCAAUGAAGCGGUUGAACGCGAACUUUCCUUCUGCCUUUGCGCCGAAGCGUUUAGGGCAAACCACUUCGGCUCGUUACCGUCAAAGAAGGAAACGGUCGACAAUUUCGGACAAUUUCAGGCUUUGAGGCGGAGUUUCACGCUACUUCUCAGUUUUUCCACCCUUCGAAUUGGUUGAGAACGCAUGAAAAAAGCAGACCAUGAAAAUCAGUCGGACGUUUGUGGGAAAAAAAAAAAAAAAACGUACUUGAAUGUACAAAUUUUCACGGCACCGAUGGAUUAAUUUGAAGAUGGACGUCAAAGUCUCCCUGGCAUCUUUGGAAUUUUCUGUAUACGUGCGGCCCUCGGCAGAAAAAGUUUGCACACCCUGCCCCCUGCACCAAACGCAUCGCCAACCACUCGAGAAAGCGGCCAAAUUCGUCUCCACCGCACAUCUCAGGCUCUUUUUUUGCGCUACUUGCAUCUUUUCUCCGAAGAGAACAAGAAGUUUGAUACGUUUUGGGAGAUUCUUAUUUUUGUACCUGAGACGAAAAGAAGAAGAAAUGGGAACGUUUGCACCAAAGGUAGCGAACGGUCGCGGGGAGCAGAAGAUUUCCGAGCGUUUGCCCGCAAAUGUGCGACGUCCCAGUCGUGACGUGGGAAUUUCUCCACAUUUGCCUUUCGCAUACAGUCAAGACAGACGGGCGCGAAAUUUACGGCUCCGCUCGGUCCACCUUCAGUUUCCGCGUCAGUGCCGUUUAUACCUUUUUUUUUUUUUUUUUUUUU